CAGUCCAAGAUAAACAAACGGCGCGAAUAGGUCGUCGUCAGCGAGCAGAGACUUCAACGCGGUGUUACACGUUCGGAUGCUGUUGAUGACCGUGUGUGGACUGCAGUACUAGAUUGGGACUAAUUCGCGCCCACUCUGGGUUUGGAUCCAAGCACAAGUGUGGUGUUGGUUGGUCAGUUGACAGCGUGGUCAACGCUGGGACGACGGGGAAACCGACGAGGAUGUUUUGAGAGUGACUUUCCGUAUGGUGGAUCCUUAACAAAGUGGUGGCGCAGGGGAGCAGAGCAGGCAAAACUUUGCUAAUUAAAUUUCGCCUGGAAACUAUCGGGACGUGGCCGUUGUCGUCAGGACGAAGAAGACACCAAAGUGCACGAGGACUUCUUAAGGAGCGGGACCAUCAAAAGGUGUAAUUUACUAGCUCUGGAAGACAAAGCCAGAGUGCCAGAGGCAGUGGUUAGCUGGCAACACUGGAACCGGAGGGGGUGAAGGGGUGCAGGAUAAUUGAUUGCAGCAUAAUGAACUUGAACCCACCGCCGGUGGAAGAGUAGCAGUGCAGUGUGAUGGCCCGUUAAGGAGGCUGAAGAAUAAAUUGUAGGACUUCAUUCCGGCAGUGGGAUAGCCCCAAGGAGUCAACUUUUGAAGUCGUUGGGUUCAACUGAAAGAAGUGGUAAUUUAGUGGUGGUGGUUCGGCAGGCCCCCUUCAGCAAGUGAGCGAGAGAGGCUCAUGGAAGCAAAAUUGGUUACGUGAAGAACUUUUCCGGUUUGGUCUGCGCGGUGGAAAGAGGAAGGGAAUCCACAAAGGAAAAGCUGUGGGCUCGAGUUGGCUUGGGCCGUGCUAUCGUGUGAUGUGUGAUGCAAAUUGAAUUAACACGGUAAUGUGAAAUAUGAAAUGUUAAUUGUAUUACUGCUUCUAACAACCUACCCACCCUGGAUGCUAAACGGUGGCUAGCUUAGUGACGUGAAUAGUUUAUUAGACGCAAAGUGGUGGGCCGAGCCCGUUUCUGAUGGAUUAAUGUGAUUAAGGUUGGUGAUGCUAGCAGCUAGACGGAUUGUGACACUUUGCUCAGGAUUUUGUUGUGAUCGUUUGCAACGAGGAAAAACAGUUGAAGAUAAUUGCCACUAAUUCCAGUAACAGUAACUAAACCGCAUCGCAAAAAGCAACUCAACCAUUCCGAAAGCCACUGAAUAAACCAAUGAAUAGUGAUUAUCGCGAUGGCGUCCGAAAACAACUACUGAAUGCGCGGCCAGUCGUCCAAUUAAUUCAGUUAUUUGUGAACUAGAGUGGCGCACACCCAACCGAAGUCGAGCGCCAAAUCGGCAAGUGGCGAAAAAUUGGAAACGCUCCAGCCAGGCCCCCCAAAUUCAAUUGAGCUUUACGCGCGAGACGUCACCAGCAAGCCCGUCCCUGACUAUCUAGUACGAGUCCCCGCGGGGCACGUUGGUCUCACGGCAGCAGCAAAGACAACAGAAAUAAGCGCAGACAGCCGGGAGCCCGCAUCGUUCAUCCCGCAGCAGAAGAAGCAGCAGCCGUAACCUUGACCCAGUUUCACGCCAAACCAGCAGCGAAAGAAGAGCCAACACCACAAAGUUUUUUUUGGAGUUGGAGUUCGCACAUUAUUGGUGAAACGCACCGCGGAAAACAACGUGGAAAUUUAAAACGCUACCGGGAGAGUAACGAAAAAUUACGACUGGGAAGAAAAAGUGAUAAGUUGAAAUAAAUUGCUUGUUAUCAACCAGAACGGGAGGAACAACGUAACCAGACAAGUGGCGUAGAUCCAGUACCAAACAAACCGUUAGUGAGUGUGGGCGUGAAAAGCUGUGCCCGAGCGGGAAAUUGGCGCGUAAAAAAAGGUGCCGCGAAGGAAAAACACGUUUUCCGGUGGUUUUGGAGCGGUUGGGUGAAAAAGUGUGUGUGUGUGGGUGAAAAAUCGUUUCGAUCUAGGUCCAGAAAUUGUGAGUGCGUGUGUGCGUUGGAGAGGCGGCCAGCUGUCAGCUGAAUCUGAUAGGUGAUAAAUUUCCCCUCUCCCUUUUCGUCUAAUUUUCCUAGUUUUUCCGAGAUUCUUUUUUAUUCUGAGUGAUGGAAAACAACGACACCGUAAUGGUUGCUGGUUUUUCCCUAGCCUAGUUCCGCCACGUGUGGGCAGCAGUUGUGGGUUGUGGUUCGGCUAUUCUGUGGGGCACGGGGCACGGAAAAAAAAAGUGAAAGCUGGGGGAAAUGUGGUGCUUUUUUCUAAUCUAAAUGCCGUGAUUGAUGAAAUGAUUCGAUAUGUGGACCUACAUGAUGGCAGCGGCCCGAGGUGACCGGGCAAUGUCAUCCAUCUCGCAGCGUCAUCAGAGCAGCAGGAAUGAUUUCGACUCACCCAGCAUCUACCACUUCAACCGCGUCCAGCGCCCGCUGUACAACACGACGCACCGCGCGCCGGCCCUCUGUAAUGGGCCGUCCACGAUCAGCGGGGCGGGCUCGGCGACUCCGUUCGGUAGCAACACCAUCUACCAGAACUUCCAGAACCAGACGGUGGCCUCGUCCCCGAUGGGGGGCAGCUUCAGCAGUGUGGCCACCACGCCCAGCCUGUCCUGUCCGAUGGGCACUUCGGGAUCGGGGCUGGGAAUUGCGGCAGCGCCGUCGUCGCAACCCCCGGCAUCGGCCCCAGCCGCGCUGUCCUCGGCCGGGGCCAGCCCGUUCCAGAGUGGCAUCCAUCCGGCGUAUACGACGAGGAACCGGCCCGAGGUAGCCACCGAGCAACGGAACCAGCAGCAGAACCAGCAGCAGCAGCAGUCAGCGAAUCAACUCUCGAUGCCCAACUCCACCGGCAAGAACAACCACCACCUGAGCCAGGCUGUGAUAGAGAGCGAACGGAGCGAUCUACUGGAAUCUUCCGGCGGUCGACGCUCGUUACGACGGUGGCUGAACGCGUUCCGGCAUCGGCUCAGCAAACGGGGCCGCUCGAAGCCCCCCGACCAGUUCCUGGACAAGUUUUCCUCCACGACCGCCUCGGACACCCGGCUGCACCAGACAGCCCAGGCGCUGCCCUCGGACGGAACCUGCAGCCGGCUGUCCGUCGAUCCGUCCCUGCCCUCACAUUACCGGUGGCUGUCGGUGGUGUCGCUAGCCGUACUGUACAAUAUAGUGUUUGUGAUAGGACGUGCCGUGUUCUGGGAGAUCAACCGCCAGGCGCCGGCACUCUGGUGGACCUUAGACUAUUUAUGUGAUUUUAUAUACUUAGCCGACACGUUAGUGCAUUGUCAUGAGGGGUACCUGGAGCAGGGUCUGCUGGUACGUGACGCGUCCAAGCUGCGGAAGCACUACUUCUCGAAGGAGCGGUGGUGGCUGGACCUGGUCUCGAUGCUGCCGACCGACCUCGCCUACAUCUGGUGGGCGCCGAGUUCCUGCGCCGCGACCCGGCUGCCCUGUCCAAUUAUAGUUAGGAUUAAUAGGUUACUGCGUCUUCCAAGAAUGUGGGAAUGGUUCGACCGGACCGAGACGGCCACCGGAUACCCGAACGCGUUCCGGAUAUGUAAAGUCGUUUUAGCUAUCUUAGUACUAAUCCACUGGAACGCGUGUCUUUACUUUGCAAUAAGCUACGCGCUCGGCUUCAGCUCGGACAACUGGGUGUACAACAUCAACGGGGCCAAGAAUCUGACCCUGUCGCGGCAGUACAUCUACAGCUUCUACUGGUCGACGCUGACGCUGACAACGAUCGGUGAGACGCCGACGCCGGAGAACGACGCCGAGUACCUGUUCGUGGUGGCGGACUUUCUCGCCGGGGUGCUCAUCUUCGCCACGAUUGUCGGUAACAUCGGCUCGAUGAUUUCGAACAUGAACGUAACCCGGGUCGAGUUCCAGAACCGGAUGGACGGCGUCAAGCAAUACAUGGCCUUCCGGAAGGUGGGCGGCGAGCUGGAAGCAAGGGUGAUCCGAUGGUUCGCGUACACGUGGGCCCAAAGUGGCGCCCUGGACGAGGAACGCGUGCUGGCCGCCCUGCCGGACAAGCUGAAGGCGGAGAUCGCGAUCCGGGUGCACAUGGACACGCUGCGGCAGGUGCGCAUCUUCCAGGACUGCGAGCCGGGCCUGCUGGAGGCACUGGUGCUGAAACUGAAGCUGCAGGUCUUCAGCCCCGGGGACUACAUCUGCCGGAAGGGUGACGUCGGCAAAGAGAUGUACAUCGUAAAGCGGGGCAGCCUCUCGGUGGUGGCAGAUGAUGGCGUCACGGUGCUGGCAACACUGGGCGCCGGCUCGGUCUUCGGCGAGGUUUCCGUGCUCGAGAUUGCCGGCAACCGGACCGGCAAUCGGCGGACGGCCAACGUGAGGUCGAUUGGUUACUCCGAUCUGUUCUGCCUGGCGAAACGUGACCUGUGGGAAACUUUGGCCGACUAUCCGGAAGCCCGGGCCUCGCUGACGGAGCGAGGAUGUCAAUUAUUGCGCAAGGACGGCCUGCUGGACGAGGCGGUGUUUGCAAGCGCCCAGCACCAGCAGGACACGCUGGAGAGCGGAGUGGCCAAGCUGGAGCAGACGGUGGAGAACCUGAACCUCCGGUUGGCCCGGCUGCUGGCCGAGUACAGUGCGAGUCAGGCCAAGCUGAAGCAGCGGAUCUCGAAGCUGGAAGAAAGCCGAUCGGUGACGUCUCCUAAACGCCGUUCAAAUCAUCACCACUCCAACAGCAACAACAACAACAACAACAACCCUGGCGUUGAUGGCGAUGCGAGAUCUCCCGUUCUAUCGGCAUCUGGCAACGGAACCAGCCGGCAGCAGCAUUCGAGGUCAGCCCAGAGCAACCACCGACGCAAAUCGCACUCCACGUCCUCGGCGACGGCGACGAUGGCCAGCAAGCAAAACACGUUAUGAAUAUGCAUUCGCCUCCACUUGCAGAGGCAGAGGCAGCAGCACCUCCCGCCCGACCACGUGGCCAACCCGUGGCCCGGAACCAGCAGCAGCCAAGAUGCACCCGGAGAACCAAAAGAAUCCGGGCAAUCCCGGGACGUGACGAGUUCCAGCAGCAAUGGCGAACACUACGAAGCAUUUUGCACGUUGCACGUGGUCCUCCACGUGGUGACGGGGAAGGAGGUGAAGGCGGUGGUGGUGGCGGUGGUGCAUGAAAUUGGUCCAUCAUUGCACGAAUAUUUAUAUCGAAGCUUAGGGCGAUGAUGUGUGUGCCGUGAAUGUCAACUAUUUCUUCCUCAACACCCACAGGAGAACAUGCGGAAAGCGAAAAAACUAUUCUCAACUCACGAAAGGGAAUCCUAGAAUUGGGAUUUGACGGUGGGGACACUUGGGACGAUGGCGGCGCGGAAAAGUUAGGCAGAAAUAUGUUACGUGUCAACUCUGUGUUAUCCCCUAAAUGUGGAGGGGAUAAUGGUUUGUGUUUAGAACGCAAAUCGAUUCGGGACGUGUUGGUGUAUGUUAUUUUAUUACCAAGUUUUUUUUGUUGUUGUUAACUAACCGAGGGAUCAGUGAAAAGCGGAUUUGCUGACAAUGAAGAUUAGCAUUUGUGUUAAUUGACUCUUAUUUAAUUGACUGCAUUUUGCGUAACGAUUAUUCCUAAUGUAAUUGUAUGGUUUUUGUGGUGGUGCAGAUGAAACUGGGUUUGAAAAUUCCAGGUUUUAAUUAACUCAAACUUUAUUAAAUGGUUAGGUAAUCUAAUCAAAAAGCGAUGUUGUAGAUCAACUCUAUGCUGGGUAAUUCUCUACCAACUCACACGAAAUCGGGAAAAGUUGCUUAGACCCCUCUUCCGAGGUCCAUUUUUUUAUAUCUCGUGACGGAGGGACGGUACGACCCCUUCAAUUUUUGAACAUGCGAAAAAAGACAUGUUUUUCAAUAAUUUGCAGCCUGAAAUGGUGAUGAGAUGGAAUUUUGGUGUCAAAGGGACUUUAUGUAAAAUUGGACGCGUACUCAAAAUUUCGAAAAAACGUAUUUUUCAUUGAAAAAAAACACUUAAAAAGUUUGAAAAACUCUGCCAUUUUCCGUUACUCAACUGUAAAAAAUAAUGGAACAUGUCAUUUUAAGGGAAACUUAAUUCACUUUUCAGAUCUACAUUAACCCAGAAGGGUAAUUUUUUCUUUUAGAGCAAAAUUUUUCAUUUCAAAUAUUUUUUUUCUAACUUUGCAGGGUUAUUUUUUGAAGUGUAAUAAUGUUCUAAAAAGUUGUAGAGCAGAUAAUUACAAACAUUUUGAUAUAUAAACAUAACGAGUUUGCUUGUAAUCAUCAUAAGUUUUCGUGGUUUUACGUUUUUAAAAUGAAAAUGUUUGUCCUAAAUGAAAAAAAUUACUCUUCUAGAUCCAAAAAGUACAUAAAUUUCCCUUAAAAUAACAAGUUCAAAAAAAAAUUCAGUUAAGUAACGAAAAAUGGCAGGGUUUUUAAACUUUUUAAGUGUUUUUUUCGAUGAAAAAUACGUUUUUUCCGGAAUUUUGAGUACGCCAUCAAAUCGGGCGUUCAAUUUUACAUGAAAGUCCUUUUGAAACCAAAAAUCCAUCUCAUCACCAUUUCAGGCUGCAAAUUAUUGAAAAACAUGUCUUUUUUCGCAUGCUCAAAAAUUGAAGGGGUCGUACCGUCCCUCCGUCACGAGAUAUCAAGAAAUGGACCUCGGAUUCGUGAUCAGGGGCAAAAGUUACGCCUAAGGACAAAGUUUCACGCAAAUCGAAGAGGGGUCGGGGCAACUGCUGUGUGAGUUGGCGGAGAAUGACCUUGCUGUGAAAUACUGCGAUAGAGUUUAAUGAAAUCAAUACCUUGAGUUAUUUUAAUUCGAUUAGAUCCAAAGAAUCUCAAUAAACAUUCAACAUUUAUUUUUCAUUUUAAUCAAAAAUCGCGUUUAAAGCAUUAGGGCCUUUCAGCGAUUUAUAUUUUACAAUGAUUCACCAUGGUCUUUUGGAACGAAUAGUCCAAGAAGAGUUGAAUAAUUAUUGUUAAACAAGCAUUUUGAGAUCUUUUUGAAUAUCACGUACAGCCUUUUGAGCUCGUUCAUAAUGAAGGCAAAACAUCUUCAAACAUGGUUACAAAUACUCGCCUAUUGAAAGCCUUUUUGAUAAAUUGUCGAAUUGCCAUGUAAAAUUUUAUAAUGUUGAACUUGUCGAAAUUUAAAACUUUAAAACUUAAACCAAGGGUCCUGAUUGCUCCAAAACGACUCAUUCACUCGCGACCACAAAUUGAAAGCGACAAAAAACUGCUCUGACCGUUUCCUACCGUUUGUCGCUUCCACACCAAUCGUUACAGAAUACUCUCUCUUUGCUCUCCCUCUCACUUCAAUCGGGUAGUACAGCGAAUGGUUCAGAGAGACCGAUUGCGUUAUGUCGCUCAGUCGCUGAGUCGAAAUAGUUUGCGAUCGGCUUUGUUUUACUCAGUUAUUAAACUGCUUAAAAUCUAUGUUAUCAAAAAUGUUUUGCAAUUUUGUUG